AUGUCCGAGUUCACCUACCAAGACGUCGCUGGACACAACACCAAGGAUAGCCUCUACAUGGUCAUCCACGACAAGGUCUACGAUUGCACAAAGUUCAUCGAUGAGCAUCCUGGUGGUGAGGAAGUCCUUCUAGAUGUUGGCGGUCAAGAUGCCACCGAGGCGUUCGAGGAUGUCGGUCACAGCGACGAGGCCAGGGAACUCCUGAAGACCCUUCAGACCGGUACCAUCAACCGAAAGCCCGGUGACCCCGUUCCCAAGGCCUCCGCCUCGUACAGCAGCGCCGUCACUGCCGACUCCAGCAGCAUCGGUGUCGCCACGUACGCCAUCGUCCUCAUCGGCGGUGUCAUCUCUUUCUUCGCCUACCAAUAUGCCCAGAAGCAGGGUCUUAUCGCUGCUUAA